CGCGCGAGUACUAUUAUGUCUAUGAUUUGCCAGCAAGCCGCAGGGGAGCCUCAUAAACCCAACCCCAAGCCCAACCACCUGCACAAGCGCUCUCCCCAUGGCCCUCAUCAUCCCCCAGAACCCCACCACAAGCCCCACUCCCUGCACAAGCGCUCUCCCCAUGGCCCUCAUCAUCCCCCCGAACCAAACCACAAGCCCAACCACCUGCACAAGCGCUCCCCCUCUGGCAUUGGCAGGCCACCAAAGCCUAAGCCCAAGCCCCAACCGAAGAUCUACGCUCCCAAGCCAGUGUUGCACACCGACCUGAGGAAGAAUGGGUUGGGGCAUCUUCUUGGAGACGGAGGUAGAUGAAGUCCCGACUUAUGACCGACGUGUUUUCGAAGUCACCGUGUCAGGCAUAUCUUGAAUAAACAUCAAUAAAUUUUGAA